CCAUUCUUGUAGUUGUUGCUCACAGCCACUCAGAAGCCCAUAAUAAUGAACACUAAGCUGGCUCUCGUUUUCCUUACUCUCUGCUCUGUAGCCUUCGGUGGCUAUCUGAGUGGUGGUCUCCUUGGUGGAGGUUACUAUGGAGGAGGUGCUGUCACUGGUAGCUCUGCUGUCACCCACAGCUUCGACAACCAACGUGCUCUGACUGGAUUCGGCCAUGGUUUCGGAUUAGGUGGCUACGGAGGCUACGGAUUAGGUGGCUACGGAGGCUACGGAUUAGGUGGCUACGGAGGCUACGGUUAUGGUGGAUAUGGAGGCUACGGUUAUGGAGGUCACGGCUAUGGUGGCUACGGCUAUCCUUAUGGAGGUUAUGGUUAUGGCUUGGGAGGUUACGCUGGAGUUGGACUUGGCUACAAAUACCACUAAAUGCAUAUCGAAAAAUACAAGACAUUGCCAGAUAAAAUAAGAAGAAACCAAGUGACCAAUAGAUGGCAUUUGUAAAAUAUUUAAAAAUUGUAAAUGGCUAAUGUAAUAAAGUUUAUUUUUGAGCAAA